AUGCCAACAUAUACCAAGUUCAUUAAGGAGAUAUUAUCCAACAAGGGAAAAGUGAAAGAGACAUUGGUAGUCAAGCUCACAGAUCAUUGUAGUACUAUUCUGCAAAAUAAGCUCCCUCAAAAGUGUGGAGAUACAGGGAGUUUCACUGUACAUUGCUCUUUAAGAAGUAACAACUUUGAAAAAUCUUUGUGUGAUUCAGGUGCUUCUAUUAGUCUUAUGCCCUUUUCUAUUUUUUGGAAACUUGAGAAACAAAUUAGAGCAAUCAAAUCUGUACAUGUGUCUUUGCAGCUAGCAGAUCAGACCACAAUAAUACAUGAAGAAAUAAUGGAAGAUAUGCUAGUUUGGAUGGACAAAUUUGGGUUCCCUAUGGACUUCAUCGUAGUGAACAUGGAAGAGAGAAAGGCAUCUCAUACUAAAAGUGGAGAAGAAAGAGUGGUGUUGAAGAUGAAGGAAGCAAUAUGGGUACAUAGAGAUGAGUUGACUGUAUACUUUGAAGUCAAGGCAAAGGCCUUAAAGGAGCAAGCUGGAGAGG